AUGCCCUCCCGAUUGUCCAAGAACAGAAAGAAGCGUGGACACGUUUCCGCCGGUCACGGUCGUGUUGGAAAGCACAGGAAACAUCCCGGUGGUCGUGGUCUUGCCGGUGGUCAACAUCACCACAGAAUCAACAUGGAUAUGUUCCAUCCUGGUUAUUUUGGUAAAGUUGGUAUGCGUCAUUUCCAUUUGACUCGCAAUGCAUACUACAACAGGACCAUCAACAUCGACAAGAUCUGGUCACUCGUUUCUGAGGAGACUCGUCUCAAGGCUGCUGCUUCCCCCAAGGGUGCUGUUCCUGUCAUUGAUGCUCUUGCUCACGGUUUCACAAAGGUUCUUGGCAAAGGUCUUCUCCCCGCCAUUCCUCUUAUUGUCAAGACCCGCUUUAUCACCAGGCAAGCAGAAGAGAAGAUUGUUGCUGCAGGAGGAAAAGUUGAGCUCAUUGCGUAA